ACUACUCUCAUAUGAGAGCAGCAGAUCACCAGCUAACCCGAUAUACUCGAUCUGGGAAUUAGUGCCUCGGAAUAAAAAGUUUCUAUUCGAAUAAUCAGUGUAUCUGACUAUAGUGGUGCGUCGUAGUGUUCUUGGAUCAAGAUCCAGGAAUGGAGCAUACCGAGCUCCGGUCAGACGGCAGCCAUAGGGGCUCCAGCAGCUGUCCUUGCGGCAUCACCAGAAAACUUUUGAUGAACGACAGCGCCAGACCUUGUACUUGUAACAGUAAAAGUGCCGCAAGCGGAAGCGAGUCUAUUGAGAGCCCGGGCUCAAGCUCUCUCGCUUACUCCGUCAACACGGGGGGUCAGCCAUUCUCGAAACUGCCCAGAGAAAUAAUUGUGUACAUCUUCGAAUUUCUGAACUACGAUGAGAUCGCACAACUGCGUCCCGUCUGUAAAUCAUUCGAUGAUAUUUGCAAAAGCAUGCUCAACGAGGGCUAUUACAAAAUGGAGAAAUUCCACAGUGACUCAUUGAAGAAAGUCAAAUCACAACUACCUCGGAGGGAGAGUGAACGAAGGACACAUCGUUUGGCGAGGCACGGUGACAUUUUGAUGGCUAUCGAAACGCGUCUGAGUCUCCUCAGUAUGACGUACGGGAAAUUCAUUGAACAGAACUUGUGUUGCUUCAUUCCGGGUCGUGUAAUCGAUGAAGUCAGGCGCAUAAUAAAACUAGUCAAUACGGACCAAGAUCCUCCUAGACCACACGAGGUAUUGCAAGAACUCCGCGAUAUCUCAUCGAUGGCCAUGGAGCAUUUUGAUGAAUGCAUUCAACCUCGGCUCAGAGCAAAAAUAACCGAUCGUCUCUCGGGAGGACUUUCGGACCCUCUGUUAGCUGCUGCGAACUUGGCUAUCGUUGAAGCUAAUGAUACCGUGAUGGGAUACAGACCCGGUUUCCGGAUUGCAUCCAUGAGCAAUCUCGCGCCGCAUUAUACUGGCUCCGUAUAUCAGACCAUUGCCGAUCACAGUCGGAAAGUUGCGAAAUUGGAGAGUAAAACGAAGGAAUUAGAGAAGCGGAUUAAGGAGAAAGAUAAGAAACUACAGGAAAUCAGCGAGCGACUGAACGUUUCGAACGUCGUGAUAGAAAAACUGACGGGGAGAGUCGCAGAAGUGGAGAAACAACUGGUGGAAGUGCGAAGCAUGCUCAGGAAGGAUUCGUGUGAAGUGGCAACUAGCCGCAGUAGCAAAUUUCCCGCAGAUGAUCUCGAUGUUUGCGAACUCCAACCACGGGCAAAGAAAAGUCGAUGGGACUUGAAUUGAGUGCUGCUGUACAAAUCUAGCGGAGAAUGAAACGUAUUACCAUCCGAGUCUUAAUCGGAAUUCAGCCCCGAUAACAAACACGAAUUUAUUGAGUGAUCGAGCAGAGAAACACAGGCCCAAAUCGAGGGCC